UGCCGGCAGCCUGGCAGAGCCGAGAAUGGGAGAAGAGCGCGCCGUCUAGGCUGCACAUCGGGCCUCCUCUUCUCGCCGCACUUCGCUCUCGCGGCCCGCCCGCCCUGACGCCUGCUCGCAGCCCAGAAAGCUCCAGUGCAUGGACCAGCGAGAGCUGGUGAACCAGGAGAGGCGAGAACGCCACUCCAAAAGGAGAAGGGCCAAGGAGGGCAACCCCAACGAUCCGAUUGACCUUCUGUGGCUGGGAACAGCUUCCACCAUGGCCACCUCUGCGAGUUCCCACUUGAACAAAGGCAUCAAGCAGGUGUACAUGUCCCUGCCUCAGGGCGAGAAAGUCCAAGCUAUGUACAUUUGGAUUGAUGGUACUGGAGAAGGCCUGCGCUGCAAGACCCGGACCUUGGACAGUGAACCCAAGUGUAUAGAAGAGUUGCCUGAGUGGAAUUUUGAUGGCUCUAGUACUUUUCAGUCUGAAGGCUCCAACAGUGACAUGUAUCUUGUCCCUGCUGCCAUGUUUCGGGACCCUUUCCGCAAGGACCCCAACAAGCUGGUGUUCUGUGAAGUCUUCAAGUACAACCGAAAGCCUGCAGAGACCAAUUUAAGGCAUACCUGUAAACGGAUAAUGGACAUGGUGAGCAAUCAGCACCCCUGGUUUGGAAUGGAGCAGGAAUAUACUCUGAUGGGCACAGAUGGGCACCCUUUUGGUUGGCCUUCCAAUGGCUUCCCUGGGCCCCAAGGUCCAUACUACUGUGGUGUGGGAGCAGACAAAGCCUAUGGCAGGGACAUCGUGGAGGCUCACUACCGGGCCUGCUUAUACGCUGGCAUCAAGAUUGCUGGGACAAAUGCUGAGGUCAUGCCUGCCCAGUGGGAAUUCCAGAUAGGACCCUGUGAAGGAAUCGACAUGGGAGAUCAUCUCUGGGUGGCCCGUUUCAUCUUGCAUCGUGUAUGUGAAGACUUUGGAGUGAUAGCAACCUUCGAUCCUAAGCCCAUUCCUGGGAAUUGGAAUGGUGCCGGCUGCCACACCAACUUCAGCACCAAGGCCAUGCGAGAGGAGAAUGGUCUGAAGUACAUUGAGGAGUCCAUCGAGAAACUGAGCAAGCGGCACCAGUACCACAUCCGAGCCUACGAUCCCAAAGGGGGCCUGGAUAAUGCCCGGCGCCUAACCGGAUUCCACGAAACCUCCAACAUCAACGACUUUUCUGCUGGUGUGGCCAACCGAGGUGCUAGCAUCCGCAUUCCCCGGACUGUCGGCCAGGAGAAGAAGGGUUACUUUGAAGACCGUCGCCCCUCUGCCAACUGUGACCCCUUUUCGGUGACAGAAGCCCUCAUCCGCACGUGUCUUCUCAACGAAACUGGCGAUGAACCCUUCCAGUACAAAAACUAAGUGGACUAGACUUGCAGCCAUCAAACCCCUCCUAGUUCUCCAUCCUGCCUCCGUGUUUGCCCCUGUCUUGACUGUCCUAAUAGCUAUAACUCGAAGGGCAGAAUAUCAAGGUCUUUUUUUAUUCCUCAUGCCCAGUUAACAUCUCUUGCUUUCUUUGACCAGGAUAAGAGGGGUCAAGUUCUUAAUCUUUUUACAUCCCCCCCCCCCCUUUUUUUCCCUGUCACUGAAACUGUCUAGUACAUUAGUGGGGAGGGGGUGGGGAGACAUAACCACUGUUUCCAUUUAAUCAGGUGUGUUUGUCCAAUAGGCGUAGCUAUCCGGACAGAGCAUAGUAUUUGUGAAGGGAGGGGGAGGGCUUUUUCUUCGAGGUAGCUGAGUGCUGGGGUGGGGGGAGGGUUACUUACUCUGGGGUUAGGUUAGGAUUUCCUCUCUUGGUGGGAAGUUCCACUUUGUUACAAAGUUAUAACCAGCUUUCUAUUAAAAGUGAGAUUUAGGAGAGAACCAGGCAGGAAAAUGCCCCUCUCCUCCUGGUACAGCACUUCCCUUACCUGGGGCUAUAUGCCCUCACCUGAAGACAAGCUCAGCAGAAGGAUGGAUUGACCUACCUUAGAAGAAAAAGUUCUUACUGCUUGGUGUCCUCCGUUUAUAACACAAAGCAGAAUAGUAUUUUUAUAUUUAAAUGUAAAAACAAAAAAAAUUAUAUAUAUGGGUGUGCAGAUAUGUGUGUUUUUUUUGUUUUGUUUUGUUUUCCUAAAGUAGGAAAAACAUUCUGGUCACUGGGGUCCAAAAUUUGAGGUGAAUAGUCUGGUUAGAAAUAAGGAUCUCCUUUUGAGUGGGGGUGAGGGAAGCAUGCUUGAAUAAGUUGGCUAUCUAGGGCUGUCUGUUGUUCCCUCACCGCCACUGCAGGGCUUCUGUGCCCUGGCCACUCUUGGGAGCGGGUGGACACCGCUUAGGUAACCGAAGGAAGCACCUUGUGGAAGGAGCAAUCACUUGAGCCCCGUGGCUUCAAUUUAAAAGACACACACAUACACACAGAAGUUUAGAAAUAAGAGUUGGCUGGUCAACUUGAGCAUGUUCCUGACGGGUUAUUGGGAUUACUUUUUGGUGGGACUAGCAUGUCACUAAAGCAGGCCUUUUGAUAAUAUUAAACAUUUUUUAAAAGCAAAACAGAAGUUUAGACUUUAAUCCUAUUUGUAAGGUUUCUGAGUCUUUUACAAAGGUCGCUUGUUUGCUUCAACUGUCUCCUUCCCAUCUCUGCUCUUUGAGGAGAUGGGGGGGAACCUCCCUGGCAUCAAAACACUUAUAACUUUGUAUCCUGCUGUCUGUUCUGAGCAUGAGAUGCUCCUUUCCUUUGUGAAGAUUCCUGAGGAGUUACUGCUUUCUUUUACGUAAUAAAAAGCAAGCCCUGCCUUCCUCCCUACAUUUUCCCUACUGUUUCUGGCUGUUUUCAUGUUGGCUGCUGCAGGCCUGCUGUGGUUUUCUCUUGCCAUGACGACUUCUAAUUGCCAUGUACAGUAUGUUCAGAGUUAGAUAACUCCUCAUUGUAAACAAACUGUUAACUGCCCAGAGCAGCUUUCAUAAAUCAACCUAACAUUUAUAAGAUCUA